AUGGACAAUAUACUGCCGCUCCCAUUCAUCCCUGCUGUGGAUCUUAACACCUUGCGCUCAGAGGCCCAUGUGGGCAUAACGGCACAGCAGCUGGCCUGCCUAGGUUGUGCCUACAUAACGGCUACUAGUAGUAAUAUUGAUGACAUAUUCGAAUUCUUCAAGAAAUAUCGGCGUCUUGUGCUCUGCCUAGAUGUGAGGGAAAUUAUCUCGACAGCGGAUAUUACAUCAUUCCUAGAUGCGGGGAUAACACGCGUUUUUGUCACUGCAUCGCAGGCUACCGCGUUGAAGGCUUACUCGGAAAGAUUAGUCCUAAUACAAGACGACAGGCAUCUGAGUGAUUCUGAAUAUAGCACCAAUGGCAUUCUUAUAGAGUUUCCCACAGAUGCGGCGGAGUCGGAAAUUAAACAUCGUAUUGUGGCGGCCGCUCAAGCUUCCCCAAUCUACAUCACGAGACCCGAAUCAAAUAUAAGUUCUUAUGUUUCACUUUGGAAGGAGUACUCUGUUAUCCCAAUUAUACCAACGUCGAACCUUACGGUCGGCCCUCUUGAUAUACCGGGCAAGAUUUCAGUAUCCAAGUACUUGGCUCAGUGCUGGAAUUCUGAUAGAGAAGAUCAUCUUAUGCCUACUAUUGUGACAGAUUCACGAGGAAUCUCCCUUGGGCUAGUGUACAGCAGUGAAGAGAGUCUCCGGGAGUCGCUGAGGACUGGUACCGGAGUAUAUCAGAGUCGAAAGAGAGGUCUUUGGUACAAAGGGGCUACAUCUGGCAAUACCCAGACACUUAUCCAGAUAUCCCUGGACUGUGACCAAGACUGCUUGAAAUUUGUAGUCGAACAGAAUGGCAAAGGUUUCUGUCACCUGCCACAAUCCACAUGUUUUGGAAACCUGCAAGGACUCUCUAAGCUCGAGCAAACACUCGUGGCACGGAAAAGCUCUGCGCCUGAAGGUUCAUAUACGGCCCGGCUCUUCUCCGACGAGAAGCUUUUGCGGGCCAAGAUCAUGGAGGAGGCAGAAGAACUAUGCGAUGCAGAGAGCCGAGAAGCCAUUGCCUUUGAGGCGGCAGAUUUAAUUUACUUUGCCUUGGCGAAGGCAGUGGGGGCUGGCGUUACUCUAGCCGAUAUUGAGCAGAAUCUCGACUCUAAGAGUCUCAAAGUUAAGAGGAGACAGGGUGAUGCCAAAGGUAAAUGGGCCGCGCGCGAAGGAAUCGCUAUAAACACUGUAAACACUGAAGCGAGAGAGCAGUGUCCUAGUUGA